AUGGGUAACAAUAAUAGCAGUGGGAAAACAAUGAAUUUGAGUCCAUUUUAUUUAGCUUGUCGAAAUGGUGAUUUAAAUACAGUAAAACAAUUAAUAACAUCAAUGACGUUAGGUGAAAUAAAUCAAGUAGAAUCAAAUGGUAGUACAGCAUUACAUGCUUGUUCAUAUUAUGGCCACAAAGAGAUUGUACAAUUAUUAUUAGAUCAUGGUUGUUGUCGUCAACAAUUAAAUAAAUAUCAAUUAACACCACUACAAGAAGCUAAAACAGAUGAUAUACAAAAAUUAUUUGAACGCUCACCAUCUGGAUGUCAACAACGUUUUACUUCAUCACACCAGAUACAAUUUGAAUGGCCAUUUAAUGAUCCAUUAACAGCAGUUCAUAAUCGUUUAUUUUAUAUUUCGUUUCCUAUAAAUACAGUUACAAACCAAAUACAAGCAUCAGGGGUAUUAAAAAACGAUAUACAAGGUAUGAAACAAGUAUUUGGUUAUCUGGCUAAUGCAGAAAAAACAAAUGAUUUAUCAUUCGUAUUACGAGCAUAUACAGCUGAAACAGAUUUUUAUAAACAACUAAAUUUAACAAUGGCUAUGGAAGAUUGUAAUUUAGAUAAAGCGAACGAAGGUGGUCAGACGAAAACAAAAUGGGCACAGUCGUAUACAGGAAUCAUUGGUGGAGAUUCACAAUUUAAGAAAUAUGAAUUUAAGAAUGGUGUGACAUAUCGUGGUAUAACAUGUGCACAAGAUGAUUUAAAAAGAUAUAUUGGCGGCGUAGUUGUUUGUAAUAAAUCAUUUUUAUCAACAACAAAAGAUCGACGAAUCGCUGAAAGGUUUGCUGCUGUACCUGAUAAUAGUGACAAAAAAAUAUCGGUCAUGUUUAAAUAUAUUAUUAAAGAUGGGAAAAAUGCAAGUGCAUUUAGUUUAGAAGAAAUAUCUGAAUAUCCCAAUGAAAAAGAAGUCUUAAUAUUACCACAAGCAAUAUUUAAAGUUAAAAGUAUCUUAAAACAACAAGAAAAUGGGAAUGAUAAAUAUGAACUUGAACUUGAAGAAGAUGAACAAGAAUAUAAAAUAAAGUAG